GUCGGUGCCGGCUACUACACGGCACUGACGAUGGCGGUGUUUGCCGACCUGGGCUACUACCACGUGAACUGGAGCAUGGCGGAGCCGAUGGCGUGGGGCAAUAACACCGGCUGCGACUUCCUGACGAAGAGGUGCAAGGACACACACGACCUCGCCAAGAAGUAUCCUCACAUGUUCUGCGAUGAGAAAGACAACACGACGCUUCGCUGCUCUUCUGAUCGUCGUCGCGUCGGGACGUGCACCGCAUACGUCGUUGAUGCGCAGGGGAGUGUGAGCGAGAAGGACGUGUGCCCCGUCAUUUCGGCAAAACUUUACGACGAGUCGUCUCAGAAACUAUCCAAUGCAUGUGUGGAGGCAAGUGAGCAGACCCUUCCAGGGUCGCUGAUUGGGAGUGGCUCGUGGUGCCUGGACGCGGAGGCGCUGCAGGUGAAGAAGGAUGGCAGCGGUAAGAAAAUCGAAGGAGCGUGUGCGCAGGUGAAGUGUGAGGGUGGCGCAGUGAAGGUGAAGUACCUCGGCGCCAAUGAGUUUGUGCUGUGCCCCGAGGGAGGUGCAAUCUCAGUGGCGGAGUCUGAGAAUUUCAACGCAGGCGGGAAACUCAAGUGCCCGAAGUACACCGAAGUGUGCACCAUCGCCGCCGACGGCAGCAGCCUCGUCAUUCCGAGCGUUUUGCAGGAUGUGGAGGAGGAUCAAGGGAGAAGGGAGCAAAAGGGGCAGAAGGAGGAGGAGGUUCAGCCACCAGAGUCACUUUCGGCAGUAUCGCCUCCUGAUGUCUCUCCUCCUGCAGAGUCACCUCUUGGGGCUGCGGUUGAUGUUGAUGGUGGCGGCGUUCCUUCCACUCCGAAGGUUGAGGCGGGGGCGGUUGGGCUCGACACCGAGGCAGCUGCUGAGCCUGAAGAGGGAGCGGAAGGGCCGGACGGUGCCGUUGCUCCCGCUCACCCCGCUGCUGCCUCGCCCCCGUCCGGUGGUACCUCUUCCUCACCGGGCGAGGCCGCUGCUCCACAAGAGAGCGACUCGGACACGGCGGGCACUACCGCGACGCCCAAAACUACAGCGCUCGCGACGUCGCCCACCUCGACACCGACGGCAUCCGCCAACAGCAGCGAUUUCCGGAAGAAACUGGAGGAGGUGGUGCAACGCGUUGGAAGCGACGCCAGUGUGGCUGCUGCGGCUGUUGGUUUGAGUCGCUUUGCGUUUCUUGCUGUGACCGCCGCCGUGGCGGUGCUGCCGCUUUAA